AUGGUUGGAGAUCAGCCUCUGUGUCCACCUCAGCUCCUGCUGCAGGGCUGGAGAACAGCGCUGCUGUCCCAGUGUUUGUCCUCUGUGUUCUCCCAGAUCCCGGAUCCUGAGGUAAGAGCCUGAAACUCUUAUCCCUCUGUCUCCUACAGGUAUCUGUCAGGAAUAACCCUGAGGUUUUCUGUCAGGCUGUUACAGGUGUUCUGCUUUUACAGAGAGACACUCAUCGUUUGUUUGCUUUGGUAGUUGCUUGCUUUGUACUGGAUGAAGAUUUAGAGAACAUAUGUUGAAAUAUGAUACAUACUGUGGUCUUACGUCUUGAACAACCCAGCUUCUGUUUUAAAUGGACAGAAGCAGGAGGAUGAUUAUGAUGAGGCGGGAUUAGGCAAAUUGAUUUUGUGCCAUUGGGCUAAAGUAAGGAGGGCUCCUCCGCUGAGUUUAAACGAAAAAAUGAUCACAAAAAACAGCUUCAUCCUCUAUGUCUCAUCUGAAACAAAGAAAAACCAGGAGCUUAGAAAAAAGUUGAUUUCUAUUGAAUACGUGUGAACAAAUGUUUUAGACAAGGCAAACAUCCAAUAGAAAUUUGAUAGCAAAUUAACCAUGCCUGAGAUUAAAUUACAUGUUAAAAGCCUGAUGUAUGACUCCAAAUGAUCCGGUAGAUUAAAUUCAUGUCAGCAUACACAAGGAGGCAUUAGACAAAAGAGUUUAUGUCUGCCGGUGAUACCACUCUAAUGCUGCGUUUACAUGUGACAUCCCUGUCCUCCGACCUUUGCUCCAUAGCAAGCUACCACAUGGUUUAAAAGGUCAGAGAAAACAGAAGAAACUUCUGGAAACAGCCUCUCUCUGACCCUGUGUAUGACGUAUGCAGAGCCUUUAAAAGGACGAUGAGUAAUGCAGGCUUUGGUGGAAGAGGAGGCUUAAUGAAUGAUCUCAUGUUUUCAGGGGUUUAUAUUGAGGACAAGAUCAAUAAGAUCGCCCAAGCACAAUAGAUCUGUUUGGAUGACGAGGUUAUUAACUCAUCCUGCAGGUGAAAAACAUGAUGAUGAAAAACUGAAUUAAAAAAAAACUGUAGACAAGGUGUAGAUUUGUUUUCUGUCUUUAAAGGGUCUUCUUAGAAAAACAAGACUUACCUGAUAAAGAGUAUUCCAUCACAUCAACUAACCAAAUCCAGCAAAUAAACAUGUAGAUACGUUUUCUUAUCUAAUGAUUAACUCAAAGUAAUUUGAAGUUGCCACAUGAUUGAGUUUGUGUUGUUUGUUACACCAGAAGAAAACUUGAGGCUUAUAGCCACUAAUCCCGCCUCAUGAAAUGGCCCAACAGAGGAAAGGACUUAGCAUUGCAUAAUCACUCUUGAGGCAAAAAUUGGUAUUAUCUAAGAGCAGCUCUGCAAAUCUAUAUCAAGGCUAAUCCUGCUGUGGAAACUCACGAUCAUGAGUGUAACUUAUGGAGACUAUUUCUUUAGCCGUGUCCCUUUUUUUAAAAAAAGUUUUGAGCCUUUGUACCGUCCUCAGAUGACAAUCGCUGGAUGAAGACCCUGACAGCAUCCUAUCCUGUCAAUUUUGGCAUUUAGGCUUGCUUAAAUUCAUCAGAUCUGACUAGAACAUCAGGUUCCUUUGCCCUGUUACUGAGAAACUCGUUUCACAUGCUCUGGAAAGGAAGACCACCCAAGUCAGUUUUUAUUUUCAAUACCCACUAAUUAUUUUGAGGUUAUACAUUUUUCCCUUGUGUUUUGUAGUUUCUUUCAACGCAAGUGCUCUCAUUUCAUCCCCCUUUUUCAUCGCGCCUCUGUCCUUAGUGUCAACAGGCUCACUGGCUCAGCUUAUUCUUAGAGCUUUUCCCAUUGAACCACAUAAUGAUGUUAUCAGUGAAGGCAAUGAAUGUUAUAAGCAUCAAUCUUUAUAAACAUUGCUUGUUGUUUUAUGGACCCAAGUAUAGAGUUUCCAAGACAACCUUGUAUUAUUCAAUUAAAUAAUCAAUAUAAAGUAAACAAGGAGAUAUCCUAAAAGGGGUUUUUAUCAGUCACCUGAUGCUCUGCUGGCUCUGACAAAGACAUCCAACUAUUGAUUUACCACAGAGGCAAACAGAUUUCGAACAUUUUUCUCCCCUAACCCCAGCUCUGGAGAGUGUAGAAAAUUGUUUUGGACACUAUUGACUGUAAUUUGAACAUCAGAGCACUGAGACACAGAGGAGCGUAGAAAAUAGAAAGUUGGAGGACAAUCUAAUAACAGGUUUGUAGACAUCAACACUCGAUGGUGACGAGUGAAGGGGUAUUAAGGAUGAAAUUGCAGUUCUAUCACCAUUUUUUCUACACCACACACUCACCGAUUCAACACCAUCUCUCACGUUGCGUACACUGUCAAUUUGAUCGCUUUUUUGUCCUCACGUCGCAGCUAUGAAGAAUCAUUUUACAAAUGAAAGACAGACAGUUAAGUAUUAACAUUCAUUGAAAAAUUGUCACACUUUUAAAUGAUAGAGUUGAUGCUCCUAAGAGGACUUUAAACUCUUCAUUUAUGUAUUUAAAUUCUGUUAAAGCAGGACACGGGAACAAAGUUUAUCAUUCAUUCAUUUCCUCUCAAAGGCAGAAGUGACUGAAAACUCCUCACACCAAUUAUUUAACUGACACACCACACUGUCACACAGCACACCUCUGAAAUGAUGUGAAAUAAGUUAUAUAAAGGGUUUGUUUACCUCCUCGGGUUCGCUCCCUUUUGUGGAAUAUAAGUAUAUACUUAUUGGAAAAUCACUGUCCUCUCUUUUUUCCUUCACAGCUUUUACCGACAGAUCCCCCAAAGAAGCCUGACCCUGUCAACUCAGAGACCGUCGUUUUCUGGGGGCUGAGGUUAUGGCAGGUCAUUGGGAUCUUCUCUGUGUUUGUGCUCGCAGUUGGUCAGUAUACCUUACUAAAGAUGAUCGUUUUACUGUGCUUUUAAGAAUCCAAAAUCUUUCUAAGCUAGUUCCAAAAGUUAGCUACGGAAACUUUAAGUAGGAAUGAAUGUGACAAAUAUUGUUGCUCCCUUUGAUUUAUUUUGGUAACACACUCAGAGGAAAAAUAACUAUGUAUCAGUCAAAUGUAGCUAGCUAGCAACAUUGUUUUGAGGUACCAUACAGCCUAAAACUAGCAUGCUAACUUGGUCAUACUAAGUGGAAGAAUGUUGUAAAAUAGUGUAUGAUAUAAUGCCGCGUUCGAGUUACCUCGGAAGUCAGAAGUAUGAGCUACGAAUGACGCACACCAGGGUUACCAGCGUAGUCAGAAGAAAGCAAAAUCGGAGGCAGAAACGAGAUUGCUACAUCUACGAAGUUAUUUUAGCGCUUGCCUUGUCUGAAUAUAAGCAAGGACAAGGCAAGUGCUAAAAUGACUUUCAUAGAUGUAGCCAUCUUGUUCCGCCUCCGAUUUUGCUUUUUUCCGACUUGGUAACUGAAACACAGGUAACUGUGACAUCACUCCCAGCUCGGACAUCUCUAUUUUGAGGUAACUCAGACGCAGCAUAAGACACUAGUGUGUUUUUCAAGCCAACAUGUUUUCCCUCUGUCUCUCGUCUGUUUCAGUCAUUACUCUGUGUUGUAUUUUUAAAUGCCGAAUCCCAAGAACAAAGAAGGAAAUCGAGGCACGACAUGCACAGAGACAAGCCGCCAAAAAGUACGCCAACACAUUAGAGACCGUGCCACCGCUAAAUGAACUUACUGAGAUCCCAGGAUGUGAGUAUCUCUUAUUGUACCUUUACAAUAUUAUGACUGAACUGAUUUGGUAACAAAUCCUUAAAGCUACUGUGAAGAGUUUUUGACAUUUAUGAAAUGGGUUGAAAUUCAUAUUGGUGAUUUUUCAUGACAUCCAAAUGCAAAUAAUUCUCAGUAACAAGGUUUAAAAUUUUUAUAUGGUAAUUUUAAUAACUAAAACUAGCAUGAGGGGCUAGGUGUUCAUAGAGUGGCUCAAGAAACAGUCUCAACAGAUGAUACAAUUGACCACCAGAAGUCAGGAUGAGUUAUUAUUGUCAGGUUACUCGACUAAAGCAUGUAGAGGACAAGGUAGGAUAAAAAUUUCAUUUUUUAUAUUGUGAUAUAUCGAUAUCGAGUGAUAUGAAAAAAAUGUAUUGUGAUAAACUUUUUCCCAUAUCGCCCAGCCCUAUAAUAAAGUCCAACUUAACAUAAACAUACUGAGCUAGAUAUAUUUCUUUAAUCCAACAAUGAAUGAUACAGCUCCAGAUGAUUUAACAAACUUAAGAGUCAGCAUUAACGUGCAAUGAAUAAACAACAGAAAUUAGCAACGUAGUAGCUUGAACCUCUGAGGCUAUUGCUAACUAGCAGCUAGCUCCAUGUCGAUAACUAGCGGCAUCAAUUAGCAUCAAUCACUCAAAACAUCACACUAACUACUGGCAAAAACUACUGUUCAGUCAUUAAAGUAGACUCAUGAACCAACAUAAACAUCAACAAAGUGUAACACAGGAGUAAACAUCAUAACUCACGGGUCACUGGACGCACACACUCAGCCGAUGUUUGCUCUGAGCCGAGCGGUACGAGUGUGUACUGGUGCGUUCAAGGACCCCGGCAGUGUAGGAAUUCACAUUUACGGCAAACACAGUGAAACAAAUCAUGCACAGAGGAAGCAUCUUUUACCAAGAUGAUGACCAAGAUGAUUUGUAGCUUCCUACAAAAACAUUCUUUAUACUUAUUGUGACUGAGGCCAUCAACGCAAAGCAUCAACAGGAAUCUGUCCUUUAACAGCUUUGGGGGGUCGAGGGAAUAUUUGUGCCAAGGGAAUCCGUCUAUUAACACAGGCCACAGUUUGGUUUGUAGCCUGUAAGCAUCCAUAAAAUAAGCAUUAAAUACUUGGUGAAACUGUUACAUCUUCUCUGAGGUCAACUUCUUCUUUUCUGGAACUUUUACUGUCCUUUUAAAGCAUGCUGCACUUGUUACACUAAAUGUCCUUUCUUUUCUGCUUCCUUCCCCUCUUUUCUUCUUUCUCUUUUCCAGCCACCCUAGAUGCUCCCGCAGUGCAGACAGUCUCAGAGCAGGUUGAAAGCGUUCAUAAUAGCCAGCUCUCAGUAGCCAGAGUCAGCGAGGAGCAACCCAGUUCGCUCACUUUGUCCGACACAGGAUGAUCUUCUUCCUUUUCUUUGUUUCUCAACCUCUUUCAGACUUUUAUGUUGGCUCUGUCAUUUUUUCCAAACACUCUGGUAGCCACUCUGGAUAUGGAGUGCAUCCAACAACCAGACAUCCAGACAUCAGUCCAACUGUCAGUCCCUUUUAUUCUAUUUCUGUAGACGGAGCGCAGGAAAGUGUGAGAGACGUACAAGUGUGUAAAAAUGCAUCUUUCAUUCGACUCCUUUUCAUAACACUUGAAACACACGAAAAGCCAGAAAAAUCUUGUCAAAUCUUGUUGUACAGCAAUGAUAGUGCAGAGCAGAGAAAUUAUCUUGUUCUGGGUGCAGCAAGAAAAGGAUCUUUCUUUCUGAGGCAAAGAUUGCUCAUAUAAUUUGUCAGGGCAGCUGGACUUUUGUAGAUAACAGUUUUGUAUUUUUUUACGCUUUCGUCUUUAGUAAGGCUCGGGAGUUUUUAUCAGAUAUACACAUCUUGCUUUAUGCAUGGCAUCGUCAAAGCACAGGAGUCUGAUAACUUUGAGGAAAUAAUGAAGAAUUACAUUUUUCUUCACUGUCAGAUGUUAGUGAAGUGCAUGCAGCACGCCUGUUUGUGCUCUGUGGUUGUCAGUUUCACAACCUGUGACAGCUUUCCCAAGAUACACCUCAAGAAAACUACCAAUCACACUGUCUUCAGAAAGCAUGAAUAAAGUAUGAACUUUCUGGUCUCAGCUGUCUUUGAAUGUUCCUCUUUUUACUCAUCUUUCACUCAGAAAUCUUUGUGUGUUGCCUUUUGUGUGUCUUUGCUGUCUCAUCUCCUCGGUUUCGGCCUUUUCAGGUUGAGAAACAUGACAAACAGGGACUGACAUUUGCCUCCUCCUCUAAAUGCUCCAUUCGUGUGCACAAAAACAUCCAUUGGUUAUUGUGGAAUUAAUUACAGAGUGAAACUCUUUGAGCUGUCAAUUUGCAUGAUCACCGGAUUAAAUAAUAUUGGAUGGUAAUCCUACUGUGGCUAGAGCAUAUAGCUCGUCAAUCUCCGGCAUUACCACAGAGAGUUGAGGUUUAAAUCCUCCUCUGUGGCUGGAUGUCCACUCUUCCAUGUAACUUAGAGACUGACUGCAGCCUGUACAAAGAAGCAGCAGGAGCACAUUGAUAGGAUGAUGUCAACUGCUGCUUUUUUGCUAAAAUUAUGUAGAUCUGAGAGUGCUAAGACAUGAAUAAUGAAACGUAUAACAAAUAAGGAAGUAAAGGACGAAUGACUCCUUUGAAUUUUCAUUCAAAACAAGUGGAAUGAUUCAAGUUUUCGUGAGCUCCCUCUCUCAGUGAGCGCUCAAUUAUGCAAAACAACCAAGCAUUUACAAAAUCAGCAUCAUCAUGAGCAUUAAGUAAAAACAACUUCAAACACGGCUUGAUUUAAUUUUGCAAAUGAGGAUAAAAAAAUGUCCUAUCUUAUCUUCCGGGUGUGAGCAUGAUUAGCAGAUUUUUCCAUCAGUUCACCCAAGGACAGAAAAUAUGUAACACAGAGAGAUGCUGUCAUUACAAUGAAAAGGAGCUUAUGCCGUAAAAAGACCAAAGUCAGCUCGAAGGAUACAGAUUUUGCACCAUGAAUGCAUUACCUUCAGGAAUUUCUGUUUGCCCUUACUGACAUUCUUCACAAACCUGAGAAAAACUUCUCAAGCUUUACAUUCAUAUUGUCUGCAAGUAAACUGACAGACAGAAAUAAAGGAGACUUGUCUCUGUUCCUCUCUCAUAAGUACUUAAAGGUAUAGAAUAUAAAAGAUGAACUGAAGAGACAGAUGUACAAAUAGCUCUCUCCUUACAUGAAACCAACUCUCACUUAUUUUUUUCCUGCCCUCUGCAGCAGUGCGAAGUUGUGAGUCAUGGCAAGUAGGCUGAAAGAAAGCUCACAGCUGAAGGAAAUCUCACACACUUCUGUCUGGCCUUUCAAUGAUUUAUGAUGUUCUCUAAAUCAAAAUUCUACCUGUCUUCAAGCAGGUGUAUUUAUUUCUUCCCUCAUUUAUGGUUCUCCAAAUGCACCUCCAUAAAGAUAGUAAAAGAUAUAUUUGGUGUGAGCAGGGGUGUUUCCAGAUGGUGGCACAGCCCCCUUUUAAUCGGCCACCCCAAAAUCCAAAACUUUGAUUGGCCUUGUCCCUUCAACAGGAAUGACCUAAGUUAAAAUCAGCCAUUUGACUGUGUUGCAAAUAAUCUGCCUGAAACUUUCUUUACAUCAAGUUGUUAUACAUUUUGUUUUGUUAAAACUUGAAUAAAUAUAUACUUCACAAUUUUAUUUUAAAGUUAUAAAGAAAACAUACACAAGAACACACAGCCGCUAUAUGGUAAUUCUGUGUUAGUGAUUUGAUCAGAUAGUAUUUAUGAAGGCGUAGAGAGUAAAUAAAACACAUUCAUUUGUGCGUGAUGCUGUGCUUAUGUGUGUGUUUGACUGUGUGCACACGCUUCCUGCCAUCCCUACAUGAGUCAGUGCCUCAGCUGAGCCACUUGGGCAUCACCCCCGGCGAUGGGUGAUCUCUAAAGGUGAUGCUUUUAUUAGAGUCUUACACGCACUUUCAACCCUUAAAGCUCCUGUAAGGGAUUUUCAGUUUGUGUUGAUCUCAGCGCCCCCUCUGGACAAAGUAGUUUGAGUGAUUAUUUGCUGAUUUUGUCCUGCACGUGUGUAGAUACUGACCAAGAAAAAAAGCUUUCUUUCAGCAGACAUAUCACUCUGCAGUGUCUGACACUCACCCCCUCAGGGUGUUACAUCAGUCUACUGUAUGAGCUACUGACGACUCCUCACAGGAGCUUUUAUACAGCUCUGUCCAAACCACGUCCCAUUUAUUGAGUAUUACCCACAAUUAUAUGAGUCAUUGCUCCAGCUUUUGUUCGACAGACUAGCAUGAAAGGGACUUGUGCCUUUAAGAGAACCACACAAGGAUAAGAGCGGAAUUAUUCGCAAAUGUUCAGCUGGUUGGUCGGCUAAUUUAAGUCAGCUUCUGGUGCAAAACAAAGUACUAAAAUAAUCUUAAGUUCACCUUUACUCCCUCCAGCCACUUUUGACAUCUGCUGUGUGUUAGUUGUUUGGUUUCUUGGCCCCCGUUUGUGUAUCCAGUGUCACUGCAGCAUUUGUAAAGCAAAUGUUUGCGUUGCUGCAGGGAAAACAUACAGAAAAAGGGCUAUGACACUUCAUUUAGCAUCAACAGGAAUCUGUCCUUUGAGCAAUUUUCACAGCCGCUACACAACAGUCGCUGAAGUGUAAAAUCACACCCUUGCUUCCUGUUGAUCUGUAUCACAGGUGUAAUAAAGUCUCACUCAAAGCUGUAAGGUGUCUUCUGGGGUGGUGUUUUAGAGGCUGAUUGCUCUUCAUCAACUUCCUCUUUACGGGUGAACCUCUGCCCUGUAAAAACAAGACUGCAGGCUCUGGUGUUAUAUGAAACUAGUUAAUAAUGCUGUUAGAUUCAACUGAUUCAGUGGAGAAAUUUGAGGUAGAAAUGUACGUUUUCUGUGGGACUGUUUUUCUUAUCAAGAUGGAACAAACAAAUAAAUCACAGAGGACGUUUCUAAAUAUAUUUAAAGCUCCGGUAAGGAACCUAUGUUUUUUUUUUUUUUCAUUUUUGGCACACAGUUGUCCCUUAUCAUGUCUUUACAUCCUUCAAUUCAAUCAUCAAUCUUGUUCCCUUUGGUCUUGUUUGCUUUUGAAUUUCAGAAAAAAAGCAUUAAUAUGAAUUUCAGUCUAUUUUUUAAACAUCAAAAAAUCUCAGAGGAGCUUUAAAGAAAGAAAGCAAUUUCAGGAUGCACUUCUGCAGCUUCAGGUUAAGACCGGUGUAAAAUUUCGUGCUGUAAAAGCUCCACAUGCAAACAUUUUUGGGUAUUUAAACUGUGUUUUUCUGAGGGUUAGACAACACCUACAAUGUAUCUCACUCUCACGGUAUCUUCAUCCUCAUCCUCAACAGUGCCAAAACUUGUAGUGCUGUUUUUGGAACUGUCAAUACCCAUUUACAUUGCAACUACGCACUCCAGUCUUGUCAACUCUUUGCCCCAUAAGCUUUGCUGGUGGAGGCGGGAUUUAUGACCUAUACUGCAGCCUGUCACCAGAGGGUGCUGUUCUCAGAGUGGCUUCACCCAGCGAGGAGGCAGAAGCUGUCCAUUCUAUAUACAGUCUAUGAGCGAACCUCAUCUCAACCUCAUUAGCAUCAUUUGUGCAGCCCAACAUAAACUCAUUUCAAUUGUACCUUUACAUUGGAUUGUAAUCAUUGUGGAUUGUAGCGCCAUCUUCUAGGUAAAAUACAGUAACACAGUGAGAGACAAAUCUCUGCAAUGGUGUACUGACCUUACAAAAAUGACAAAAAAGGCAGUAAAUACACAUAUUUCACGUCUAACGUUUUGGUGUCAGUGUAUGAACUUUAGUAGUAAAGGUGUUCCUGUACUGAAUUGUCUACACAUGAAUGUAUUUGAAUAUGUACUUCUGUUUGUAAAGUUAGCAUUUAUAUUCUUAGUGCUAAACCAGAUUAUGCCAUCAGGUGGCUUGUUCAUUAUAUUAAUGAAGAUAUGAUGACUUCCAUUCCUAAAACAGAUGUCUUACUGUGCAUACUAUUUGUUUUUGCCACUUGGAUGUCCUGUCCUUAAAGAAGAGCCUUUAAGGACAGGAGCCAUCCCUGCUCCGUCUGCAUCCUGAAUACCAAUAAUGAAAACCGUCUCAGAUACAUAAAGCUGACUGUUAACUUUUGUUCUCCUUAUCUCACACUGAAAGCACUCCCAGCCGUGCCAUUAGAAGAAUAAAUAGACCAUGUUUAUUAGAGGAGAGAAAAACAGAUGUGCCUUCAUUACAUUCAACCUACUUAGCCAGCCUUCUGUUGGGUUAAAUUUUCUCGUCCAAUUAGUACCUCAGGCAGGACCCCAACGAAAUCUGAAGCUUUUAACCGUUUGUUUUCCUUGUGUGUUUGUAGCUGCAAAAGCAGAGGAGAAGAAGGAGGAGGUGGCGACAGUUUCUGGGAAAGUGGAUGGUGAGAAAGGAGAGAAGAAGACCAAGGAGGGCAAGAAAGAGGGCAAGGGUGCCAAAGAAGGGAAAGGAGAAGAGAAGGAAGCGAAGAAAGGUGAAAAAGGAGCAACCAAGAAGGAGGCUGGUGACGGGAAAGGCAAGAAAGCUGGGGAGAAGGGAGACAAAGGGGACAAAGGAGAAAAGGGAGAAAAAGGAGAAAAAGGAGGCAAAGGAGCGGCUAAAGGGGGAGCAAAGAAAGCUCAGAAGUAA